AUGCACCAAUUGGAUUGUGACGAGACGAAACCUGCUUGCCAGAAAUGUCUGAACGGCGACUUUCAGUGUUCAUAUCUGGAUAAUCAAUCUAGCUCGAGAGAGCCAUCCAUUCAUACACCUGGUUCCGCUGCCGCUGUAUCAUCGGUAGCCGACUCUACAUUGUGGUCUGCUGAGCCUCAGGGUCCUUUCCCCGGUAACCUGAACAUGAUACAUCUAAAACUACUACACCAUCUCGAGACCGGAGGACCGUUAACAACCGUCAUCGAAGCCGACGAGGAACACCCGGGAGAUUCGAUGCAAGAAACCAUUCGUUAUGCGCUGACAAAUCCGUACCUGAUGCAUGAAAUUCUCUCAUUCUCUGCCCUCCACUUGAGCUUGGUCCAUCCCGCUGAGAGGGAGAGAUGGAAACUCCAAUCCACCGAGCUACAAACAAAUGCGCUCAGUCUUUUUAAUAGUAUGGACGACGAUUCAAGGGCGGAUUUUGUUCCCUGUUUUCUGUUUGCCUCGAUCUUAGGCUCUCACUCGAUGCACGAUGUCCUGUCGUCGGGAAGCGACGAACUCGGACCCUUCCUUGAUAGAUUUGUCGAGUACCUCCAAAUCGUUCGAGGAGUUCGUGUAUUGCUUACUGAUUCAAAUUGGAAUUCACUGUGGGAAACCCCUUUCCGGUACUUAAUUCCAACUGGGAAUAGGAUACCAGAUCCCUCUACUGCAUGCGCCCCAGAGCUGGAUGUAUUAGCAAGCCUCCUUCAAACGGCCGACAUCAGUUCGUCGACCAUGCAGGUAUAUCAGCAAGUCUUGAAUCAAUUGAAAUCGGCGUUUCAGUCGCAGGCCAUGAUCGUUGAUGGACCAAGUAAAGCAACCGCCAUCCACGCCAUUUUUGCAUGGCCGGUACUCGCUCCUCCUGAAUACGCAAAUCUGCUCUCUCGGAGACAGCCGGAAAGCUUGACCAUUUUGGCUCAUUACGCCGUAUUGCUGCAUUAUCAUAGAGAUGUUUGGCUCUUUGGCGACGGGGGAAGAAGAUUGAUUGAAAGUAUUACGAGGCAUCUGGGCGCUUUUUGGGUACCAUGGCUAGCCUGGCCGAUCUCCGUGCUGAACAGCUGA